AUGAAGUCCUUACAUUUACUCUCUUUGGCUUUUGUUAACGGAUUUGGAUAUAUAAUGCCCACCAUAUAUCUAUUACUGAACAACAGGAUAUCAUUACUUGAUUAUCUUGUGAAAUCAUUGUUCUUUGAUAUGAUGUUUACAUGCUUCUUAAGUAUAGUUGGUUUGCUUAUCUACGAUUUGGUCUAUGUAGUUAAAUCAGAAAUAAUGAGUAUGCUCACUUUCAAAAUGAUAUCGAAUAUAUACUCUAACUUUCAUACCAAGUAUACUACAAUUUUCAUAAUAACAAGGUUAAGCAAAUGCUUUGUCACUGUUGCUUCUAAAUAUUUCAUCCUUAAGCAAAAGUGCUAUGAGUUUCUAGUAAUAAAACAACGUGAAGAAGUAUUAGCUAUGAAAGGUCUUAAUGAUUACAAUACUUUGAAGGGUUUUUCUAUAGAUUUAUAUCAGAGUUCAAAAGCUUUCCAUAAAUUAAUAGAAUUUAAAACUUAGGAAAUGCUUACUGAAACUGAUAAUUAAAAAUACGAAUCCAUUUUAAGAUAGCAGAACUAUUAAAGUAGCAAGUCUAGUAGUUCUUAAUCUGCUAUUUAGAGUCAGUAGUCUGAUAAAAAUGCCUUUGAGACAGCAGCUUAUACCACAAAUGAGUUGCAAAAUAUGAAGAAAAAUAAUUUGAAUAAUACAAUGGUUAGGGAUUUAUAAUUGGAUAUUUAUACUUCAGAAAUCCCAGCAGUAAAAGGGUACCUAAAUAAAUUUCAAAUCCAAAAUAAAGAUCAAGAGGAGGAAGAAAAAGAUUUUGACUAAAUUGCUUAGGAAUUUAGCAAUGACCUCAUUUAUAAUUAGAAUUUUACUCAGUAUUGGAAUUAAGGUAGUGAUAGUAGAGAAUUCGAUAGAACUUUGGAAGGCUAAAAUUUUCAUAGUAAAAAUCUAAUGGAUUAGAUAUUUGAUGAUCAUAUUAGAUCUGAUUAUUAUCUGUUAGGAAGUGAUUAUAUUAAUACGCUAGAGAUUUAAGCUUUAAUUAAUGGCUUUGGUCUUUUUGGUGGAAUGCUUUUGUAUCUGAUUUUAACUCAAAGUUACAAUGAUGAAUUUUGGAUGGAGAUGUAUGAGAUUAAGCCAACUCUUUUAGAUCAGAAAGAGCCAAUUAUUGUUUUGGUAUUCUUUACUAUUAUUGGAUAUCUAUUAAAAUCAAGUUUGGAAUAUAAUUAAGCUUUUGUGAUUAAAAUUAAUCAUCAAGGUUUUACUAUAGGAUAGCCUCUCUUUAUGAUAUUUUUUGUUUAUCCUUUUGUUUUUGGUAUCGAUAAUGCUCUUGAUGUCAAAUUAAUCCUUGUUGUAAUUUUCCUGCUAUUGUCAAUGCUUAAUGUUUAAGAAAUUGAAAAAUCUUAUAAAGAUAGAAAGCAUAUUAAGCUAAUGUCACAUAGUUUGGUGAUGAUAAUGAAGUCUAAAUAAAAUGAAAUUUAGCUGAAAACAAAAGAAAUUUAGAAAAAUCUACUGAAUAUCUAUGAAUCAAAAGGAUUGCAAGAAGUCUUGAGUAAGAUUAUUUAAGCGUUAGCCUAGAAAAAUCUAUAAGGUUUGCUUAAAAAAACAAAUUCAUCUUACUUUGGUUUUAUGAAGAACGUAAAUCCAAUGGUCAAUAUUAUGGAUCCUUUAACCUUAUUCAUGAAUCCUAAAAUGAUCAAGCAGAAGUCAGUGCCAACUGAAAUAGAAUCCCCGAAUAAUGAAACUAAACAAUUAAGGAAGAAAAAGCCUAGAAAAUUUAGUUUCUAGCAACAGUAUAAACGAGAAAAUCAAGAAAGCUAAUUAAGCUCUAUCAGUCAAAAUAUUUGA